UUAUUUGCAGGUUUGCUGCAUAUAUACUUUGGAGGCCUAGGACUUUGUUAUAUCUUGGUGUUUAGUUGUAUGUUAGUCCUUCACUGGAGGAAAGGAAUCCAACGAGAACGACGUGCAAAAGCAUGGGUGGAGCGAAUGAAAACAGAAUGUUUUUUCCAUCGCACAUUGGCUUAUUGGGCUGACAAGGAAGCACACCCUGUGAUUAAAAGAGAAGUGACCAUUCCAGAAUCUAAAAGCAUUUCAAAGCAAGGAACAAGCAACUUCUCCAAUGAGGCUACCAAAGAUACUAUGAGUGAUUCCUUCCUUUCCCUUCCAGAUGCAGAUCCAUACAAACCAGUAUUUCACGAAGUCUCUUGUGCCAGUGCUCUUGCUCACCUGCCACCAUUGCUUGAGCAUUCAGCCUCCUAUCCUUGCUCUAAUAUUUCAGCCAUAAGCACUCCAUUCAACUUGCCUCUGAAAUUUGCUAUGUUGAAAAAUGAGUCACACCAUGUUGGUAGCAACAUAUCCGCUUAA